UUAAACACAUGUAUAUGUGAAAAAAUCAUAAAGGGUACACGAUUUCGUUAUUUAGUGACGGGAGCCCCGGUUCUGUUCGACUUUGAGUCAUCUGAAUCCAGUCGGAAGACACCGAAACGGCCGCGAACGAUUCUCAAUGCAACUCAACGAAAGCAGUUCAAAGCAGCCUUUGAGAAGAGCGCGAAACCGUGCAGAAAGAUUCGAGAACAGCUCGCUAAAGAGACCGGCUUGAGCGUUCGGGUUGUCCAGGUGUGGUUCCAGAAUCAACGAGCAAAAAUGAAGAAAAUGCAAAGAAAAGAAGAGAGCAAACGGGGUUCAAGUGCUCUGGAUUCUGAAGGCAAAAGUAUUGAAGGCGAGAAGAGUUCAGAUGAAGAAAACUGCUCCGACUGCGACGACUUGGACAUGGAUCAACCAGAAAAGUCUUAUCCAGACAAUCCUAUCGAGAAACUCUACCACAUGCAAAGCACAUAUUUCCAAUUC